AUGGGACUGAAUGUCUCAAAGGUACCUCGCAGCUACGUGUCCGAUCUAGAGGCACAAGUCGAGAAGUUGACUCGGGAGAAUCAUGAACUGCAACAGCGAGCUCAGGGCAGCCCGGCCAACAGCGAAAAUACCACUUCCCUCGAGCUCUAUUCACCCAUGAGACUUGAACCGAAGCCGUUUCCAACAUCCAGUCCAGCCGCGUCUGAUGGAAGCUUGAGCCACUUCCAGGACUUGGUCAAGAGCGUCAGGAACGUCGUCGCCGAAGCGUCAAGACAGCCGCGGUUUCUGGGACAGAGCAGUGGCAUCACGCUCGCCAGGCUGGUCAUAGCAGCCAUCCGCGUCGACAGCCUGCCCUCUCCUUUGUUUUCUGAGCAGCGCUCGUAUGAGCCAUCUUCAUCUGCCCCAGCAGCCGAAGCCUCUCUCCCACCACGCCAUGCCGCAGAUCAUUUGGUCAAUGUCUACUUCCAACACCGCACGCCCCAUCUGCCCAUUGUGGAGCGGUCAGAGGUGGAGGAAGCCCUUGAAAGCGCAUACCUCUCGGUUAGCGGCCGCCCGCCCUCGGACAGGGAAGUCGAGAAGGACAUUUUCACGACCUACAUGAUCUUCGCCAUAGCCCUCUUCGACGUCCCCAAUCCAUCUGGAGGCCGGCCGACCCAAAGUGAGGGUUGCUUCCGAUCAGCCAUCAGCUGGACUGAAAAGGUUAUUACUUACUCAAAGAGCGAUCUCGACACUCUCCGCUCUAUUCUCCUAUUAGCUCAAUUCGUCGCCCUGCAUCCUUCUCGGGGAAGCCUGUGGCAUUUGACUGGCAUCGCCCUGCGAUUAUGCAUUGACAUGGGCCUGCAUUGGGAAACCGAAGAGCAGUCUCUGAAUAUGGCUCUAACCUUGCUAUACCAACGCCGGCGCUUGUGGUAUUCUACUUACCAAUUUGACCGUAUCUUGUGUAUCACACUCGGUCGCCCCUUUGGCAUUAUCGACGAAAGCACGUCUGUCCCGCUUCCAGAUCCAUCGGCGGUAUCUCGAUCUCGCCAGGUGACUCCUGGCAGUGAGCCCAACGACUUUGACGUGCACAGCCAACACGCUCACAAUCACUUGUUCAGCAUGUCGAAACUCGAGUCUGAAAUCAAGCAUGUCCAGCACACCCAAGCCUGGUCUCCGAAGAUAGCCUACCCGAGGGUAGACUACGCAGCCUGGGUCCGGGACAUGCGACCCCGUCUCCAGGAAUGGUACACGACUGUUCCGCCACCAAGCCAGGCCCAUCCUUCGUCCAUCUUUGCCUACCAGGCCUUCUGGGACGCCAUCUACAACAACGCGAUCCUCCUGCUCUACCGGCCGAACACCACAGUCCUCUACACGUCGACGGAGGGGCUAGUCGUUUCCUUUGACGCCUCGUGCAAGCUGAUCACAAGCAUCAAGAUCCUCCAGCGCGAGGGCAAGAUCGACGUGCUGUGGAAAUGGGUCCACCACCUCUUCAUGGCCGGCCUGGGAGCCAUCUACGGCCUGUGGCUCUCCAAGGAGAUCCGCGACCGCAACCCCGUCAGCAAAUGUAUUUCCACAUUGCAAUCCUGCGCCUCCACGCUCGCCGCCUUGUCAGAGAGCUUCCCUGGCGCCGCAGGCUGCCGCGACGUCUUUGAGACUCUCUCCGCGGCGACGGUUGAUCGGCUCGUCGCCGCCGACUCCGAGGGCAACAAACGCGAAAACCAAUCCGAAUUCGAGAAACAGGUCGAGGAUCUCCUGCAGCAAUUACAGCCAUCAUCCCGUGGAGGCGGCGUGAGCACGGGCACAGGCAUGGGGGGCAUGUCCACAACGGCCAACGAAACCAGCCUCAACACCAUGUCGGGCAUGCUGUCCACCGACGCCUUUAGUGAGAUGCUCAGUUCUGCCGCGCAAUGGCCCGAUUGCCAGGACAUGGAUUUCAGCGAUGUGCGAUUCGAUUGCCACAAGCUCUGGUACGAGCGAGCGCGAUGA